UUGAUUGAAACUGCCAAAGAAACUUCUCCAGUUGAGUUAGAGGUGUUGGCUUAUCAGCUGAUUUCCAACGAUGACGUUCGAGUUGUACAUGUUGGAUGGUGCUUUAUCGAACACAUUAUUAAAUUCCAAUGGCUGAACCUUGACGCAGGUGCUCGUCUUUCUAUCCGCAACAAUUGUUUUUCUCAUGCCGCUGACGAAAAAAUAAAGUAUCCUGAGUUAAAAAAUGCAUUUUCUCGUUGUGUUGUUUCAAUGGCUGAGCAUGAAUGGCCUCAGAAUUGGCCAGAGUUUUUCGAUCAACUUGAGAAGUUGUCCUCACUUUCGCUGAAUCACGCUGAAUUACCAUUCACAAUUUUGCAAAGGUUGGUGGAAAAUGUCGUAACAAUUUGUACGGUUCAGAACCUGCAGAGGCGUAGGGAUCUUAAUGCUGCCAUCGUUAGUGAAGUUCCUCGUAUUUUUUCGCUUAUUUCAUGUAUGCUUGAAGCUGGUGAAAGCUAUAAUGAGAAGCACGCUCCACUGAUCUGUUCUGCUCUGUCGUUAUUGGGUGAAAUUGUGGAGUGGAUUCCACCAAAAGUUCUUGAUGUGCAUUUAGAAAAAAUUUUGCGAGUUGUUUGCCCUUUCUUGAAUGGGAAUCAGUUUUCGGCAGCAAAUUGUCUCUUACGAAUAGCAUCUAGGCGGCAUGCUAAAAAUAACGAAAAUUUGGUAGUUAUGGCUUUGUUUGGUGAUGUUCCGAUGCAGUCGAUUUUAGCGUCUGCCAGUGCGGCAGCUAGUGUUGGUGCAGAUGACGUCAUGCAUUAUCGGUACUUGAAAACAUUGUGCGAUGUGUUGUCAGCUCUUGGGAUUCAUUUAUCCGAUGUAUGGAAGCGAUCGCCUCCUAAUUUUGAAAUAUAUUUGAGGGCCAAUGAAGCAUUCAUUACACAUCCUUCUGUUUACUUGCGGAGUGAAGCUGCUACAGUGUACGCAUCUUUUGUUGCUCACUCUGAGAUUGUUGAAGAUGAAAUAUUCAGUAAUUCACUUUCUCGAAUCAUUCCAAAGAUACCGAGGUUGCUAGAAAAAGUAGGAUUACCAUCAGCUGGGGACUCAGAAGCUAGUCGUUAUUCUCAAAUUGACUUUGACGACGACACGGAUUUUUUUCAUUGUUUUAUAAAAUAUCGUGAUCGUCUCCUCCGAGUAGUUCGCGGUGCUUGUGAUGACAGACAUAUUAGUUCUUUACUUUCUAUUAUCGAAGAUUGGAUAAAAAAUCAGUGUAUUGCUAGUCCACAUACAAUAUCUGAAAACGAAUGGGCUGCUAUGUUACGGUUUAUGCGAGUAGUACUGACUGAAUGCCAUACUGAGAGCAUUUUUGAUGAGGCUCAGUAUAGGGUUUUUACGGGUUUGUUUGACGGUGUGCUUAUGGUUUUAUCUUCAGUUACAGCGCCAGCUUCUUUAGUAAAUAAUCUCUUGUCAGUACUUUCUGCCAUGUUCUUGAUUCUGGAAUCAUGUCCAGAUCGUAUAACCCCUAUUUUACUCUUGCUUCGUCGUUUCUUGCUGGAAGAGGUGGAAGAACUAUCUGAAGAGAAGUCGGUAAAAAGGCAUUGUAUAUCAGUUCUGUUAAAGCUUGUAACUUGUUAUGCGGAUGCAGUAAGGAAUUACGCUGAAACGUUAUUGGAAGUUUGUAUGGAGGCACGUUCGUGUCUUUCACCUAUGCAGCAAGCCUCUUGUGCUCAAGUCUUCGCCGCACUUGGAAAUCUCUGUGGCGAUUAUUUGAUGCAGUGUAACUUUAUAUCAUGUGCAAUGCAGGAAACGGUCUCAUAUUUUACUACACCUGAAGUUUUAAGUGCCACCGAAGGAGAUUCUGGUUUCCUUUCCUUCAUAGGACUUUCUUCGCCAGCGCCAAUUUCCACUGAAGAAGCUCUAAGAUCUUCAUUUAUAUACAACAGAGUUAUUUUACGGGCAAACUUAGCUACAAUUGAGGGUAUGCUCACUCAGGUUCGGUCAAUUAAUCCUCCAGCUCAUCCUGCGUUACCUGCGUUGCGACCAGUUCUUCCGACUCUUUUUUCUUUUGCCGAACGGGUGAAUUCGCUAUACGAUAGUCACUGUCUUUCUUUAAUCCAUCCUUCGUAUGGACCAACAGUGGUCGACAUAACUGCAGCAGAUAGGCAACAGCUUCUGUCAGCAUUUGAUCCUUUGACGUCAGUUUCGGUAUCGAGAAAUCAAACGGAUGAUGCAAGAAGCCAUGCCAGAUUGUUCAUCUCAGUUUUCAUUGUGCAGAUUGAAGAAGUCUUUUUUAGGCAGUCAAUAACAGGUUUGUUAGCUAGCAUGAUGCCAGCUGAAUUGUUUUUGGAACCAUGUGUCAGUGCAUGGUGCAUGCAAUUGGUUUCUCAUGUUUCCUCUGUUCCUGAUUUUCGAUUACGUUUUUGGAUCCGUCGGCGGCCUUUCUUGACUUCUUGUUCUCAGAGGUUUUACCACACAGUUAGAGAACUGCUUCAUGUUGUCUGUAGUGAAUUACAGUCGCGAUUGAUAGCACGUUGGGAUGCUCUGGCUCAAAUUGGAAACGCUGACGACCAGGAACCAACGACGGAAGAAUUAUUUGAAGAACAUAUGGCUUGUGUCCUGACGCGGGAAACUGUUGGUUUAUUACGUGCUCUGUUGGGCGUACAAGACAAUGGAGAAGAGAAGAACGAAGAACCCACGUGUUUUAUAACUCAACAGAUUAUUGAGGACAAGAUUAUUUUCGAUGGCAUAGUGUCUUUGACUUUCCACUGUCUUACUUUCAACGAUGCGCCAUCCACUCUUAGAGCUAUUCCAAUUUGUCGGGACAUUGUUGAGAUGGUGAGUGGCCGAUGUGACGAGAAUAUGGCAAUGUUUAUGCUAGUUCGAAGUAUUCAGAGUCUCCAGAUUCAUGGAUCGGAUGAAGUUGCGCUUGGCCCUUUGCUUCUCUUAGUUUUCCAUGUGUAUUAUUCUCUACGUGAAGGUUGUGAGAACUUGGUCAGAGUUCUGCAGCAAGUACCAGAGUGCAAUUAUGAGGAAGUGGACGCGUACGACAAACGGAUAAUGACGAUGCGGCAGAACAAAGAGGUGGUAUAUGACAAGUGCAAACGCGAAAUGACUAAGAAGCUUUUGCGCCCUAUUAUAGCGUUAAAUGUUGGUGAGCAGCAUCGCCCCUCCGCGAAUACUUCCUCCAUUAUCCAAAACAGUGAAACCAUAAGGCAGUUUCAAUUUGCCCUUAUUGAAGACUUAGUUACGGGAUCUAGUGGGGACCGUUGUUAUGAAUCAUAA